AUGCUCCUGACGUUUCUGCAAGCACAGAGCGUGCUUGCCAGGGGCAUUUGCAGGUGGAACGCUCCUCAGCCUCUGUUGGCAAGGGGCAAGAUGACUGGCGGCGCUCCCUUCCGAAAUCCUCACAACCUUCCGGUCAAGGACUGCGUUGUGUGCGGUCGGCCAUUUACCUGGCGGAAGAAGUGGGAGCGCUGCUGGGAUGAAGUGCAGACCUGCAGCAACCGCUGCCGCACAGAGCGUCGUGCGAAGAGCUCAGCGGGCAAGAAACUCGCCGGGGGAAUGGCAGCAGGAGCCGCUGCGGCGAUCACUUCCGUGAACCGGGCUGCAAAGUCCGAAGACAGCGAAGCCACAUCAGACGAGGUGGUGGAUGAUCCUGAUCCAGUUACACGAUCGGAAGAGCCAGGUGAAUCGCCCGCGACCUCGCGAGGAUACGCUGGAGACCAAGCCGAGCAGGUCAGCCUGAGCCUGGAGCAGUUGACGUCCGACGAGGAGUCGGCUGAAGCCGAUUCUGUGAAGGAUGUCAAGGCGGCGCGGCGCGAGCGCAAGAAGGCCUUGAAGGCCGAACGCCGGGCCAAGCGCGCCCAGUCUCCAGAGGAGCGUGCCGCAGCUAAGCGAAAGCCCUGUACUCUGUGCCAGCGGCCCGUCGACUUGCUUGUUCGAUGCCGCAUCGACAUCUCCCAGAAGUGGCACAUGCUUUGUGGCCGCUGCUGGAAGAAAGAGUCCGGAGGAGUUCCGGAUGGGGAUGCUUCACACCCUCACUACCGAUACGGUGGCCUGUGGAAGAAUCGGUCGGCCAAGGUUACCACGCCCAGCUUCUCGGGAGCGGUCAAAACGAAGGAGACCUGCGAGGAGGACUUCGACUCAGCAGAGCGGCUGCUUCAGGAAGCCUACAAAGGUGGCUGA